AUGGAAGCGGGUCACUAUUCGCCGGAGAUGCUGCAGAAUGCGAGCCAGAUGGCCAUGUACCAAGCACAGGGCAUGACUGCCCCGGGCGCGCCCAACCAUGCCAUGGCUUAUGGCAUGCAAGGCCACAUGGGCCAAGAGGUGCAAGGCCAGGCUGCACACCAUGCAGCGUGCCACAGCAUGGCCCAACAACAGGGCUACAUGCAAGGGCACAUGGGCAUGCAAAUGGCUCCUGACGGGACACCGAUGGUCAUGCCCUAUGCCAUGGACGGCCAGCAAAACCCUCAACAUGCCGCCCAAGCCCAGCAGAUGAUGUAUCAACAACACUGCGAUGGCCAUGCCAACGCCGGCCAGUGUGCGGCCCAGUGUGGCGCUGGGCAGUGCGGCGGCUGCCAGGGCGGAUGCCCUGCCGGUGGAUGCCAAGGUGGUUGCUGCCAGGGCUGCGGUGCCUGUGGCGGCUGCCCUGGCACUGGUGCUGCUUGCAGCGGCUGCGCUGGCGGAUGUCCUGGCAACUGCGGCGGCUACGUGCUGCAGAUGCCCGGGAUGGCUGCAGGGAUGAUGAUGCCCGGGCAGAUGAACAUGCCCAACCAACAGCAGCCUGCGGCUGGUCAAGGGCACCCUGGAAUGCAGUUUGUGAUGGUGCAAGGACAAGGCGGUGGUCCCGGGCAGAUGCACGCAAUGCAAGGCAUGCCUGCGCAGCAGAUGCAGGGCCACAUGCAGGGCCAGAUGCAGCAGAUGCAAGGUGUGCAAGGUGCGAUGCCCCCUCAGCAGAUGCCAGGACACAUGGGCCCGGAUGGCCACCCAAUGGGUCAGCCGAACCCAGGUCAAUGUGGCCAGAUGGCCCACCCGGAUCAGGGGAAGGGAGCCCAAGGAGGUGCACAUCCGCCUGAUGCAGGGGACGGAAAAGGAGGUGGUGGUCGCGCGGCUGCCGGACGCAACACGCAGCCCAAGCAAGGAGCCAAUUGGCAGCAAGGCGCCGGCCGUGGGGUGGGUCGCUCGAUGGACACACGGCCGUUCGACCAAAGCCAUCAGGAGCAAGCGCCCGCUGUGCCUGGAGAGCAAGGUAAAGGAACUGGCAACCCUGGGAAUGCAGCACAGGAUGGGCAGAAAGGAAACAAGCUCCGCAAUCCGAAGAAUCCCUGGGCUGACAUCCAGGACACCGCCGGCUUGGACCAGGAGAUGAAUCAGCUUUGGGACUUAAACAUGAGGUCCGGUCAGAUGCCCAGUAUGGACACCAGCCAGAAGGCUGGAAACUUCAACAACCCAAGCAAGGGCAAGGGCAAGAAGGAUGGAGGAAAGGAUGGCGGAAAGCACAACGACGACAACAUGGGAGGCGGCAAGGGUGGCAAGGAGCCGCAGCAGAAAUGGGUUGAGAAGACCGACCAGGGCAAGGGCCAAAGAGGGCAGCAAGGAGGCUGGCAACCCAAAGACGUCCUCAAGCAGCAAGCAAUGCAGCAGAUGCCCAUGUCGCCGGGUGGCAAGAGCAACAGCAGCAAAGGUGGAUACCAGCAGCCUCUCAUGGGUGGCUGCGGGGCCAUGCUGGCUCAAGGCCCUGGCCCCAAGAAGAACAAGAAGGGCGCUGGCCGUGAUCCUGAGAUGGACGACUGGCUGAGCCUCCGCUUUCAAGGCCAAGUUCCAGCGACACCCACAGGCUCCACCAACAUGGGAGGUGAGGAGAUGUGGGAAGAGGACGAGGAUGCCAGGCGGAAGCGAAAAGGGGCCGGCAAGCAAGGCGUCAAGGGGCAAAAUGGCAAGAAGGGUGGAAAUGGCGGUGGCAAGGGUAAGGCCAAAGGUGGGAAAGGUGGCGGAAACUGGCAACAACGCGCAGCAUGA